AUGCUCGGUAGCGAGGAAAAGGAAGUGGAUUACGGUAGCGAUAUCGAAUCCAAACAGGACGCUCCUGUGUACGAAGACGACACGUCGAGGCAGGCGCCUGAUCCGUUUUUGGACGUGGAGCUGUUGACACACUAA